GACAGAAGUGAGGGGGGUGAUGAGCUGUAAUCCUUUCUCUGCCGAUCUAUCACUUACUGAGGAAGGAGCAUGAGGAUGUGAGCACCGGAUUCUCGUUCUCUCUAGUAACCAGGGUGUUGCAGCGGUGCCAUGGCACCUGGCUUCCUUGCUGUGUUUCGGGAUCUCACAGUUCGUGAGGGCGACACUUUGCUCCGCCUGCUCACAUUCAGAUCUGCCUGAUGGAUGGCCUCAGAUGGAGGAUGAGGGACAUCGGAAUCUGAAGAAAUGAUAUCUCCCGCGCAUCAGCAUCAUGGGAUUACGAGACCCGGUGUCGUCGACCAACCAAACUGCGGUUGGAGGUGUCCUGACGCCCCAACUGCAGGGUGAUGUAGGGCCGGAGGGCCGGUUGCCGAUCUACUAGAGUCUAGAGUGUAGCUGCACUUAUAGUUUCGCCCUGGGGCACGAGCUUGCCACUUUGUAUUACAAUCGGGCCGAGUAGUAUUCCUCCUCGGCCACAGGACUACCUUCUUCACCCAAAUAGAACGUACGGUCAUUUUCGCGGCAUCUAGCCAAAUACGGCUAUCAUGACCCCACGUUGUAUUCGGGAGACCACGGUCGUUGCGCUGGGAGGACUGAUUACUGAGUAAUCGGACGACAGUUUGAGGAGGGACGGUGGCAGAUAGACGCGCAGUGCGUGACGAAUGAUCGGCUGGGGGUAGCAGAAGUUGGUCUUGUCCUUGGACACGUGUGGGCGAUCUGAAGUUGGUUAGGCGUCUUUCAACAGCGUAUAUGACUGCGUCCCACGGAAAGGAGAAUCGCGGCGCCUAUCUUCGUCGUCAUCUGUAAUAACCUGAUUGGUCGAUAUGAAGCGUUUCUUUGCCUAUCAUCAUCAUCAUGAUGAUCAUCAUCAUCUGUGAUUGCGUGAUUCGUUUGUGUGAAGGGGCUGAGGGAUGAUGGCGAGCGAUGGAAUUAGAGUCUUGUCGGUUUGGAAUCCAGUCACCGUGUAAUGGAAAUGGUUGCCGACAACGAGAAUUGAACUGUGUGAUUCGCUGAAUGCUACAGUCUUCCCCCGAAUACAACGUACGAUCAUGCUAGGUGAAUUUAGACUGAAAGAUGCCCAAAUUCAGCUAUAAUGACCGUACGUUGUAUUCGGGGGAAGACUGUAGGUUCGUGGUCUCUUCAAUCACCCUCAUGCGAGGGCUCUGUGUCCGAUUGGGAGGUACAAGGGCUCUGUGUCUGGUAUGGAAGCACAUGAGCACAAGAGCUCUGUGCCCGAUUGGGAGGUUACAAGGAGUCUUUUUUGUGUGUGUGAUUGGCUGAUCCUGUGUUAGAUCAUAAGCCUCUCUAUCUUGUCGUCCGAGGGCAUACCCACACUACGGUAGGACUUUUUUCUACUAGGCUCUGGAUGAUUGCCGACAGAUUCAUGCCAGUCCGGCCAUAAUUGCUGUUAGAUGUAUUUAGGAAAGUGCCAGUGCCCUCGUUCUCCACUCUAUACUGAUCCCUUGGGCAUGUGACCAUGUCCAUCGCCACGCGGAAAGACAUGAACCGGAGGGAAUCAUUCUCUGGCUCGCCUCCUGUGGCCCUCCCCAGUCGUAAAGAUUCAUUCACUGGCUCGUCUCCUCUGGAGAGCAGGAGUCAGCUGUCCAGUGAUGGACUGGCACUCUUUGACGCCAUGUUGCAUGGAUGGGAGAUCGUGGGGUUUUCGCUUCCUCGAGAGAAAUUUCCACUCUCCAUCAGCGGGCUUUUCAACGACAUUUUCGUCAUCAAUGCGUACCGCGGUACGCUGACGCCAGCAAAGAUGUGUCUGAUCGAGCUACCCAACUUCCAUUCUCUUGCGGAAGCGCUGAGCCGGGUCAGCCACUCCGCAGAUCAGACACUAGAGGAGUUCCGGCAGUACAUCAAACAGCGAGCCAUCUUCGUGCGUCGCAUUCGUGAUCAGUACGACGCAGACCUGCAUGUCGUUCAUCACUACGAGUUUGAGAGGGUAGCCAUUGAGUAUCCAUUGUUUGUCCCAUUUUUUUCUGCCGCAACCUCCAAUCUGCAUGAUCAACCAUUGACAGAGCUAAGCGAGGUCCAGUACGACCAAGUGGUGAAUGAGAUGCAUCAUCAUGCGAAACGGAACCACACUUGUUUCAAGGCUGCAUUUUUCUGUUUCGCUUUUUCUUGGUACGAUGCCUCCAAGGAUCCAAAGUCCUUCAAGCAGGCCAUCUUUCCUGACAUGUUGGGGAAACAGGUGUUCCGACGGGACUUCUCCAGAGAAAUGGUCACGCAAUUGCUGGUAUACCUCCGAGGGAAGGUCAUCGUCUUCAAGCAGAGCUUGCCCGACGAUGAGAUGAUGUUUCGGCACUAUGCAGCAAAGGGAAUAUCCACUUGGUUCUAUAGGUUGGAGAAGGCGGUUGAGGAGAACUUACGAUCCCGUGGUUAAGGACCAGGUGCAAGUGGACACUGAUUCACGAUCCCGUGGUUAAGGACCAGGUGCAAGUGGACACUGAUUCACGAUCCCG